UUUCACAAAUUAAUUAGUUCCACCACUUCCACUCUCCAACUGGGAAACAAAAAUAAUUCCAGUUUUUAAAGUCAUCUUUUCAUUUUUCAACUCCAAAAGUUCCAAAAAAAAAGGGUUCUUUAAUGGAAAUCAUUUCAAACAAAUGGAUAUCUGAAGUGGAAAUGGUGGAGGAUCCCACGUUUUUCCCACAAUUUACAAUACCAAACAUGGAUUAUUCAUUUGAUGAUACCAAUUUCCAGUCUUUUUCGUCUGAGAGUUAUUCAUCUUAUCCAAAUAUAAACAAUGGUUCAUCCAACAUUCAAGCUUUUCAUCAAGUGGUCGACGACAACGAGUUCAAAAGGCCAAUGAAACAACUCAAGACAGACAAUAACUGGAAUUUUUCGAUCAACGAAAACAUCCCACCACCACCACCACCACCAAAAGCUUCUUCUUCUUCUUCCCCAUCUUCUCAUAUAAUCUCCUUCCAUAACUCGAAUCCAUCACCCGCUGUAUCUCAACAAUACUAUGAGAUUACAAAAAAAGUGGGUUCUACGACAAGGACACCAUUACAUGCUCAAGACCAUGUAAUUGCCGAAAGGAAACGCCGUGAAAAACUUAGCCAAAGGUUCAUAUCACUUUCAGCACUGAUUCCAGGCUUGAAAAAGACAGACAAAGCUUCUGUCCUUGGAGAUGCUAUAAAGUACAUGAAACAGCUUCAAGAGAAAGUGGCAACACUUGAAGAGCAAGCAGCUAAAAAAGCAACGGAAUCAGUGAUUUUAGUUAAAAAAAGCCAAAUUUAUUUAGACGAUGAAACAUCUUCAUCUGAUGAGAAUUUUGAUAGCAACCAAACAAACAACAAGCUGUUCCCUGAGAUUGAAGCUAGAGUCUCAGACAAAGAUGUGUUGAUUCGAAUCCAUUGUGAGAAGAACAAAGGGUUCAUUUCAAACAUCAUGAACGAAGUCGAAAAGCUUCAUCUCUGUGUGUUGAAUACUAAUGUGUUGCCCUUUGGACAAGCUACUCUUGACAUCACCAUUGUUGCUCAGAUGGAAGCUGAGUUUUCAAUGACAGUGAAGGAUCUGGUGAAAAGCUUACGACUGGCUUUGUUGAAGUUCAUGUGAUGAACAAGGUUGCCACAUUGAAUAAGGUCUAUAUAGAGAGUUCUUUUUAUAGGUUUUUUUUUUUUUUUGGAUCAGUGAUGAUGUUCUUGUUGGGUUUCUUUUUCCCUUCAAACCUUAAAAGAGAGAAAAUACAAUAGCCUGUAACCUGCCAUUAUCACACCAUAGCUUGGAGGAUCUAGAUUUUGGAGCAAAGGGGGGUUUCCUUGUGUUUAAUUACUAUUUUUUUACGUGGUGUUGACUUAUUGACCACGUUUAAUUUUUCCCUACUUGGGCUGUAUUUGGAUUUCUCCAUAGCUAUUUUAGCUUGAAAAGGCUUUUUGAGGGGUUUUUUGACUUAGAAAGUUAAAUAAGUCACCUCUUCUUCUUUCUCUCCAUUAAAGUUGGAGACUUUUACAGGCAGUUUGUCUUUCUUAUUAGGUUUGGUUAAGGUUAUGUUUUUAAAUCUUUGAAAUGUUGUGUAAACUCUCCUUGUAAUACAUAUAAUUUCUUCUAAUAAAAAAAAUACGAUUAAACGUUGUUUUUAUUAUAUUAUAAA